GCUCAAACUCAAAAAAGAAAGAUAUAUGAUGAUCCGAAGCCAUUGUUUUUAUUGGAUUUCAGUUGUUAUUAUCAUCUUUUCCUCCCUCCUUGUACAGACUCUAGCUUCUACGUCGCUCCACUUAUGCCAUCAGGACCAAAGGGAUGCUCUUUUGGAAUUCAGAGACGAGUUUCCAAUUUAUGAUUCUAAACCAAUCCCAUGGAAUAAGAGCAGUGAUUGCUGUUCUUGGAAGGGUGUCACGUGCAACGUUAAAUCUGGCCAGGUGAUAUCACUCGAUCUUAGUAGCACCGUUCUCCUCGGCUCUUUGAAAACCAACAGUAGCCUUUUCAAACUCCAACAUCUUAGUCAACUUGACCUUAUGAAUUGUAAUCUCCACGGAGAGAUUCCUUCUUCACUAGGAAACCUUUCUCGCCUCACACUUGUUAACCUUUUCUUUAAUAACUUGGUAGGAGAGAUUCCGGCUUCAAUCGGCAAUCUAAACCAGCUAAGAUCACUUAACCUUAUGGCUAACGAUCUUACAGGAGAGAUCCCUUCUUCACUAGGAAACCUUUCUCGUCUUAUAAAUCUUGAGCUUUCUUCUAAUAGUUUGGUCGGUGAGAUUCCGACUUCCAUAGGCAAUCUAAACCAGCUAAGAAACCUUAGCCUUGGGUCUAACGGUCUCGUAGGAGAGAUUCCUUCUUCACUAGGAAAUCUUUCUAGUCUCUUACAUCUUAGGCUUUUCAAUAAUCAUUUGGUAGGUGAAGUCCCGGCCUCCAUAGGAAAUCUAAACGAACUAAGAGUCAUGUCAUUUGAAAACAAUAGCUUAAGUGGCAGUCUUCCUAUAUCAUUAGCCAAUUUAACUAAGCUUUCUGAAUUUAGCCUCAGCUCUAAUAACUUCACAUCCACGUUUCCAUUAGACAUGAGUAGAUUCCCCAACUUGGAGUACUUUGAUGUUUCUCAAAACUCAUUUAGCGGUUCUUUCCCUAAAUCUUUGUUCUUGAUUCCUUCGUUGCAAGAUGUUUAUUUGGCAGGAAACCAAUUUACAGGAACUAUAGAGUUUUCAAAUACAUCUUCAUAUGCUAAGCUUCAAACCCUAAUCCUUGCUCAUAACAAAUUCGAUGGCCCAAUCCCCGAAUCUGUAUUUAAAUUUCUCAACCUUGAAGAGCUAGAUAUUAGCCACAACAACUUAACUGGACCAAUCCCUAGAUCUAUAUCAAAUCUAGUCAACCUCCUUCAUCUUGACCUUUCCAAUAAUAAGUUGGACGGUGAAGUACCUGGUUGCUUAUGGAGCCUAGAUACAUUGACGCUUUCUCACAAUUUUUUUACCAGUUUUGAAAACUCUUCACAAGAAGCACUAAUUGGAGAGUUGGAUCUGAAUUCAAAUUCAUUCCACGGACCAUUUCCUUAUAUGAUCUGUAAGCUUGAAUGGUUAGGCUUUCUAGAUUUGUCCAACAACCUCUUCAACGGCUCGAUUCCUCCAUGUAUAAAGAACUUUAGUGGGUCUAUUAAAGAGCUAAUCUUGGGGAACAACAACUUCAGUGGAACCUUUCCAGAUAUAUUUUCAGGUGUUACCAAGAUUGUAUCAUUGGACAUUAGUCAAAACCAGCUGGAGGGAAAGUUUCCAAAGUCUUUUAUCAACUGCAAUGAUCUAGAACUUGUGAAUGCGGAGAGCAACAAAAUCAAGGACAUGUUUCCAUCAUGGUUGGGAUCUCUACUGUUGAUGUCCUGAUCGGUCACAAUUAGUAUGUUUAGUUCGGUUAAAGGAGGGUCGAAGUUCUCUU